GGAACCUUCUUGUUGCGUUCCAAUGUAGUCUAUUUCUACUUACCUGUGCCGCAUAUACUCUUAGACUUUGUGGUGCUUUGUCGCUUUGAGGUAUUUUUUGUUCUUUGAGUUUUUUAAUUGCUCAUUGUAUUUACUUGUAAAAGGAGGCAUUUUUAGCGGUUUUUUUAUCAAAUCUAUAAUUCAGUCUUGUAGCCCCCCACAGUUCUUUUACCACUACACUUCACUUACGAAUAAAUGGUUAACUGACCAGCUCGUUGUUUUAUGACUUAUCCAAGACAUGGGCCUGGCACAGUAAAAGAACUGUUGAAGAAAAUUGCUACACUAAUCCACAUUUGUGAUGAUGUGUCCACAUUUGUGAAGAUUUGAGAAUUAUACAAUUAUGAAUAAUAGUGUAAAAUGACAUCUCGAAUCAAAAAACAUUCGGAAAAGGGCAAAUCGAUUUUUAUGGAACAAAUUGCCAAGUAUAAAAGUGCUGUUUGCGUGACAUGGGAUGAAAUAGAUAACCUUAAGUACUAUGAAAUAGAAGGAAAGAACAUAACUGAAUUAAAAGAAAGAAAAUAUCAUUUGACAAAAAUAAAUGAUCAUAGAAAGGAACUUGAAGCAGAAUUUUCCAAUUACCUUGAAAGGACCAACACAAUUGAGAGCAAUCUCGAACUCAUUGAAUUAAAUAGAAAAAUAAGAGAUAUUGAUAACAUUGUUGCCGAAUUUCUAUCGAAACUGAAUAAAACAUGUGGAGUUGAUUUCAGCGACACCUGUUCCCAACGUUCAGUCAUGUCUACGACAUCUCGGGUAUCGACAAUCACGGUUAAGCUUGCCCAGGAGGCUGUAGCAAAAACGAAGGCAGAUUUUGCCUUGAAAGAGGUUGCGAUUAUCAAGAAAGAGGCUGAAUUAGCAGAAAAAGAAGCAAUUGAAGAAGCUGUACGGAAAGCCGCUGCAGCUAGGAGAAAAACAGAAUUGGAGGCAGAACUUAUGUUACUAAAACGACAGGAGGAAGCCGAGACUGCAAAGGUCGCUUCUGAAAUUUAUGAAAACAGCUCAAGAGGAUCAAAUUCUUUGAAAUUAGAAAAAUCAAUGUUAAGCACGAGUGAAAAAGUAAACAGGUACCUCUCUUCUCAAGAAAAACAGACACCUAAUGAAAUAAAUCCAUAUGUAACUGUAGCAACUGAACCAGAGAAAAAUAGUGUUGAAAAUGACUUUGAUGAAAUGAAAGGUGGAUCGUACCUCGUACCUCCAGAAUUUGCUCCGCCUCCACCACCAAUUAUUCAAAAUCAAAGUGUCAAUGACCUUUCCAAAUAUCUAUUAAAGAAAGAACUCCUGUUAAAUCGACUUUAUAAAUAUGACGAAAAACCAGAGAACUACCUGAUGUGGAAAGCCAGUUUCCAGACUGUUAUGACAGAAUUAGAAGUUACUGCCUUUGAAGAGCUGGAUCUUUUGAUAAAAUGGCUAGGUCCAGAAUCUGCACGACAAGCUACCAGCAUUAGGGCAUCUUGUGUUGGCAGUUCAGAUACAGCGAGAGAACGGAUUUGGUCGCGUUUGGAUGACAGAUAUGGUACUCCAGAACGCAUUGAAGUAUCUUUGAAACAACGCUUGGAUGCCUUUCCUAAGAUUGGAGUCAAAGAUAACAAAUUACUUUACAGCCUUUUCGAUACUGUUGCUGAAAUUAACUUCCUGAAAGAAAACCCAAGAUACAAAGACAUGUUGUCUUUCUACGACACUUCCUAUGGUGUCUCACCAAUUGUCGCGAAACUUCCAGGGCAUCUGCAGGAAAGGUGGACAGUUAAAGCAUCGGGUUACAAAAUGACAAAUAACGUAUCAUAUCCACCUUUCAGUUUCUUCAUGCAAUUUCUAGAUAUCCAAUGCAAAAUGAAAAAUGAUCCAAGUUUCGUCUAUGAUUCAUCAAAUACGCCUUCCUACCCUAGACGUUCGCCAGGGGGUGUUAGAGUGAAUAAACUAGACAUAGGAAGUCACAGUGAUAAAGGACAAUUGGUAAAAAAUCAAGAAAAAUCUGCUCUCAAAUGUCCAAUCCAUUCUUCGAACACACACCAGCUACAAUCGUGUAGGGACUUCAGAAAGAAAAGUUUCCAGGACAAAAAGAAAUGUCUUCGAGAAUUCAACUUGUGUUACAGAUGUUUUGAACCAUAUCAUGGGAGAUGCUCAAAGGUGUUUGUAUGCAGUGACUGUCAAAGGAAUCACCUUACAGCCAUGCAUAUCAAUUCUACAGCUGCACCAAAGGACGGCGGGGAGUCAGCGCAAUCUCGACCGCCAGGAUCAAACGCUUUAUCUUCAGAUGGUAGGGCCCCUCAAGUAGUAAACAACAGAUGUACCAUGCUUUGCGGGCAUCCAGGGUUUAAAGGGAAAUCAUGCGCAAAAAUUGUGUUGGUAGAUGUUAAAUGUGAGGAAACCGAUUGUAGUGUUAAAUGUUAUGCAAACAUAGACGAUCAAUCUAUUAAAACUCUUGCAAGUCCAACUUUGCUUGAUAAAUUAAAUAUAAAGGGUCAGCUCUUUGAAUUUUCUGUUAACACUUGCAAUGGAGUGCAAGUAAAAACUGGGAGACGUUCAAAAAAUUUAAUUAUAAGUGCAAACCACGGCAGUGGAAAAUUCUUUGUUGAUGAAAUAUUAGAAUGCGAACUUCCGCAGAACAGAGAGGAAAUCCCGACGCCAGAGGUGGCUUUGGCGUAUGAACACCUUAAGGACAUAGCCUCACAUAUCCCGCCUUUAGAUCAGUCAUGUAGCAUGGACCUCCUCAUUGGUCGUGAUGUAAUCGGAGCUCAUCAUAUCGAAGAACAACGCCUAGGUGGCAGUAGCAUGCCUUACGCUCACAAAUUGCCACUUGGUUGGGUUAUUGUAGGUGAAACGUGCCUCGGUGCUUCGCACAUGACAAACUAUAUUAGUGUUAACAAAACAUAUAUAGGUGACGAUGGAAGGGCCUCUUUGUUGCCGCCCUGUCCAAGCAUUUACCAUGUGUCUGAAAAGGUAGACAGUGCUGACCUAGUUGAUUGUGUUAAGAAUAACUGUUCUAGUACCUACAUUAUUGACAAUGGUAGACAUACUCUGUUUAAACAAUGUAAUGAAACAUGUACUCAUGAUCAUAGCAAAAUGUUUUGCUACGAUUCUGUGUUCGCUUCUGAUGUCCGUGACGAUAAAGUGUCCUUGUCCAUUGAAGACCGUACCUUUCUGUCCAUAAUGGACACUGAGUUCACCUUAGGCGCAGACAGUAAAUGGUCUGCUCCCCUUCCCUUUAAGGAAAAUCGACCAAAACUUCCCAACAACAAGGCCUUGGCACUUCAAAGAGCCAGAUCCCUCAAGGUUAGCUUAAAUAAAAACCCUAUAAAGAAGCAGCAUUUUGUAGAGUUCAUGGGAAACCUGAUAACCAGUGGUCAUGCUGAACUUGCCCCAUCGCUACCUAGUGGUAAAGAGUGUUGGUACCUACCUAUCUUCGGGGUGUACCACCCCAAGAAGCCAGGGAAAAUCCGUGUCGUGUUCGAUUCGGCUGCUCAGUUUGAAGGGUUGUCUCUUAAUUCUGUGUUACUUCAGGGUCCAGAUCUGACAAACAGUCUCCUUGGUGUCCUACUUAGAUUUCGUAAGGAACAAGUUGCGCUUUCAGUAGAUAUAGAACAGAUGUUCUAUUGUUUUAGUGUUAAAGAGUCUGAUAGGGACUAUCUCCGUUUUUUGUGGUUCGAAGAUAACGAUCCUUCAAAAUCCCUAGUAGAAUAUCGCAUGUGUAAGCAUGUUUUCGGGAACAGUCCCUCCCCAGCAAUAGCAAAUUAUGGUCUACAUAAGUCGGUUGAGAGUGCUGACAAUGAUGUCAAAGAGUUUGUGAAGAAAGAUUUUUACGUGGAUGAUGGUCUGACGUCUUGCCCUACAAUUUCUGAAGCCAAAAGUUUGAUUGAACGCACACAAAGUUCACUUGCAACUAAGGGUAUACGGCUUCAUAAGAUAUCUUCUAAUGCUCUAGGUGUUAUGAAGGGUUUGCCCCGAGAUGAUCUUUCGGCAGAUUUGAAACGCUUAGACUUUGAUCUGGAGAGUUUACCUAUGCAACGUAGUUUAGGGCUCCAAUGGGACUUAAAUGCAGAUUGUUUCUUGUUUAGUAGUCAAAUACAGGGUAAGGCAGUGACAAAGAGAGGUGUACUCUCUACAAUUCAUAGUGUGUUUGAUCCCAUUGGCUUCUUGGCGCCCGUCAUUAUCAAUGGAAGAUUAAUAUUGAGAGAUGUUGUUUCAGGCGCAACAGGCUGGGACGAACCUUUGCCCUCACAUAUUGAGACCAGGUGGUUGCAUUGGUUGGGUAGUUUGACAGAUUUGGAGGAUUUAAAAAUCUCUAGAAGUUUGUUUGAUAUUUCACUAUCCAGUAUGACAAAUUUAGAGCUUCAUACGUUUUCAGAUUCAUCAGAAAGGGCUAUUGCAGCAGUAGUGUAUCUUGUAGGAUGUUCUAGUGAUGGUGAGAAAAAGGCCAGUUUCAUUAUGGGUAAAUCUAAGGUCGCUCCUUCGAAAGGCCAUACCAUUCCACGUUUGGAACUCUGUGCGGCAGUGUUAGGUACUGAGUUGUAUUCUUUGGUAUAUGAAAACCUUGAUACUGUCAUUACGGCUUCUCAUUUUUAUACGGACAGCAAAGUAGUGCUAGGGUAUAUAGGAAACCAAUCCCGUAGAUUCUUUACAUAUGUGAGUAAUAGAGUUCAGAAGAUUAGGCGUGUUAGUACUCCUAGACAAUGGAGGUAUGUAGCUACAGACAAAAAUCCAGCAGACAUUGGUACCAGAGGAGCUAAUCCUAAGGAGUUACAGGAUAGUAUCUGGUUGUCUGGCCCAGCUUUCUUGUGUAACAGUGAGCCCCCAAUGAUAAAUGAGUUCUUUCCAUUACUUGAUCCUCAUCUAGACAGUGAAGUACGCAUGGAAGUAUCUACCAUGACGACUUCUGUAUUCAAGAAAGCCAGCUUAGGCUGUGACCGUUUUGAACGCUUCUCUUCAUGGAGUAGAUUAGUGUUAGCUAUGAGUAUUCUUGUACACAUUUUGUUUGCCUUUCAGAAGUCACUCAUAUGUAAAGGUUGGCAUGUAUGUUCAGUCUCUUACUCUGAAGAAAGUAAGAAAAGGGCAGCCUCUGUAGUGUUACGUGAAGUCCAGUAUCGGCAUUACAAGUCAGAGAUUGAUGCAUUGACUGUUAAGAAAUCUGUCGGUCUUAGUAGUAAAUUAGCAAGUUUAGAUCCAGGGCUUGACGGCGAAGGGUUGCUUCGUGUCGGUGGUCGUCUACGUGAAAGUGAUCUCUCACUUGAGGAAAAACACCCUAUUAUUUUGCCAUCCAAUGAUCAUGUUAGUAAAUUGAUAGUGAGACAUUAUCAUGAAUUAGUAUAUCAUCAGGGAAGAUUGUUCACUCAAGGAGCUAUAAGGCAGGCAGGGUAUUGGAUUGUUGGUAGUAAACGUGCAGUCUCAUCCCUGAUUUUUAACUGUGUCACUUGUAAAAAAUUAAGAGGUAGGUUCGAAAACCAGAAGAUGUCGGAUUUACCUUCUGAUAGGUUGGAGAAGGCG